AUGGUCGUGGGCAAGCUUUUUGAAGCGGCCAAAUGGACUGCUGAGACUGUGAAGGGAGCCGCCGUCGUUGUUGCUACGCCGAAUGCCCCAGUUCCAGCUACCGACCUCCAUCCCCGCAUGAUGGCCAGACCGUGGACCGCUCAAGAAUAUGUAUGUAGAUUUUGUUGAAUUUUUAAAAAAAAUUUUCAUAAUUAUUUAUUUUCAAAGUAGCUGUUUUAUUAUUUCCUUCAAAAUUUAUUUAAAUUUUGAAGCGUUAUUUUCCUUUUUUUUCAGCUCCGUAUGUGGUCAUGGCGCCAUUGCUGGAAGUAUCUUCCCGUUUUCCGUUUCUACAUUUACUCUGGCGUUAUCCUUUACGGAGUGUACAAAUUUGUCCUUCCAAGUAAGUUUUCUGUUUGUUUUUUGAACAUAAUUAAGUUUGAUUAAAAGAUUUAUUUUUUGUUUCUGCAAUCGGUUUGCUUUUUCUGCAUUCCGAAUAUUCGCAAAAAGGUUAAUAAUAAUUUCAACAAACCUUUAGGGAAAGAGCGUAUUUGCUUAUAACUUUUUUUCAAAUCCGUAUUUUUUUUUUCAAUUUCAGUCAAGCCCCGCCAUCGUAUUAUGUACACGAAAGGAAAGGAAGAAAGCCACCAUCACGAGGUUUUUUUCUUAUUAAUUUUCUUCUCUCAUAUUUGCAAAAAUUUUUUCUUGUUUUUUUCAAGUUAUAUAUUGUUAUUGCUAAAAGUAUUUAAAAAAAUUUAUAAUAUUUCUUUAAUGUUGGAAAACUUGAUGAGAGGUCUAACAUGAGAAAACUCGAAUUUUUGAGAAGACAACGUGAAAACUCGCUUCUAAAUUGCUCCCAUGAAAAUUUUCUUGCUAUGUGGGAAGAAAAAAAAAACCACCAUUUAGGAGGCUAUGUAACAUCGAAAUUUUUCCUUAACUUAGAAAAGUAAAACUAGAAGUUGAAGAAGUUAAGCGAAAAAUUUUUAGAAUUAGCAAAACAGCUUUGUAAUAAUUUCGAACUUUUCAUUUUUCGUUUCAUUCAAAUCUUUUAUUUCCGCUCACAAGGCGAAUAAUGUUGAAUGAGAUUUAGUGGGCGCAUAUUUAUAAUGUAGAAAUUGUUUAUAGCACGAGUAUCAAAAUUUUUGAGUAUUUUUUUCAUUUGAUAAAACAAAAUGAUAAACAACAAAAAUGAUGGAAAAAAAGGAUAAUUUACUGUUCUAAAGAUUUCACCAAAACUUUAUCCAAACAUUGAUAGCUAAAUGUUUCAGCAGCUGACUCUCAUAGUUUAUGUCUAAAAAGUCUCGGUUAUAUUAUUAGAGAUAUUGAACAAAUCGUUAUAACAAAAUAUAACAAAAUCAUAAGUAAUUUUAAUCAAGUUUUGUUUAAUUUUGUUGGGAAAAAAAUAGAACUUUUUAUUUUAGAAAAUCUAUAGCCUUCUCGAAUGUGAUCCCUUUUUCGGGGAUUUUUAGUUAAAGCCGGUUUUUUUUAUUAGUUAAUGCGCCUUUUGUAAUGUUCACGAAGCUUUCGAGUUUUUUCCGUACAAGGUUUUUCAAGAAUGUACUUAUUCAAGUGAAAUAGUCAUUAUUAAAUCUUUCGUAUAUCAGUUCUGGAUCAUUCUUUUGUCUGUGAAGUCCAAGUUCUCAGAAUUUUUGGAAGGGUCUUCAGAAAGACUUUCUGAGAUUUUAUAAGCUCCAAAUCUAGUUUUUUUUCAAGCUCUGUAAAAUGUAUUCUUGUUUUUUUUCACGAGAAAGUUUCUGGAAUUUUGAAAGUUUGAAGCGACGAUUUACGAGACAUAGUUUUUACGCCUUUGAAUAUUCAGCGUUUAUGAAUACAGUUAUGCUUGUGAUGCUCUAUACUGAAUUAUGAGUUGUAGGUCGAGCACUGGUACGGAAUCCGUCAAAAGCUGGCCGACAAGGAGUACUUCAAGAAAUACAACCCGCUCAAGAAGGCUGGAGAAGUUGAAGUUGGAGGACACUAG